GCGACAAAUCCUUACACAAGGAAAAAGCCGGCUGAGUUGCGUUGCGACAUCCCGACGGUCACUCUCAUCUCGUUCUAGCCGGGUAACACGCUAAUUACCAAAAUGUAUUACAAAUUUAGUGGGUUUACACAAAGACUGACGGGAGCCGCGUCAACCUCCGCCUAUAGCCCUCAGGGCCUGAGGUCAAGUAUACCUUCUGAAUCCCCUACCAUCAUCUUUGCCACUCCAACUAAAUUGGUGUCUGAGUCAGGUGCUGCGGUGGAGUAUAUGGGUGCCAACAAGGUUCCAGACCUCCAGAGAAUAUUUCAGGCCUCAGAUGAGAUUCCUGUCCAUCUAAAGCGAGGAGUUCCUGACAGACUCUUGUACAGGACCACCAUGGCUCUGACAGUCGGGGGAGCUCUCUACUGUCUUGUGGCUCUUUAUAUAGCAGCACAGCCCAAAAACAAGUGAACCUGUAUCCAGCUUCUUUUCAUCGACUCACAUCAUCAGCAAUAAUAACAUUUGUAACUUUGUUGUAUUUAUCAUUCAUGAAUAGCAGAAUGCAUCCCAGCAUCAAUCGCCACGAACAGACACUCUGUCCGGAACAAAGUUUCUACAACACAAAGCCAUUUUACUUUUCAUGUAUCAGUUCUUCUUAAAAAUUGGAUGCUGUUAGUUGUUUAUUAGAACAAGCCGUUUCCAACCUUUGUAAUUCCAAGGUUCCCGAAAGUCAAUAUUUGAUGCCCAGUCAAUUCUAUUAUGAUAAGUAAAUGAUGUAAAUAAUUUUUUUGUUUAAUUAAACUCAUGUGUUUCUCCAGAUAAAAAAAAAAUUAAGACAUUUUGUGGCCCCUUUGGAGCUUACUGAGACUUUAUGGUUGAGAUCCACUGUAUAGUCCAAGACUAUAGCAGAGAAUAAACCAUUCACACUUAACGUAUAUUCAAACGACAACGAUGCACUAGAAACGGUAAAAGUUUUUCCUUUGCAUUUUUCGUGUAAGUACGAAAACGAUCCCCGUUCACAAGGAUCCACGAAAGAUGCUGUAUUAUGCUGCCAGGCCAGUAGUUGGCGAUGUCACUUUGUAAAGAAAUCACCACUCACCUAUAGACUGAAUACAUAAUAUGCAUACGCACGACAUCACUGUUUUUGUAGUUUACACAGAAGCGAUAAUGGUAGGCCUAUAGUUUUCCAAAACUUCCACUUUGAAACUCGUUUUCAAAAGUUUGCAUUUUCAGGCCCCCAAAACGCAGUUGUUGUGUAAAUGAACAGCCAAAACGCAUAAAGUUUUCCAUUUUUAGUUGAAAAUGGUGUCGUGUAAGGAUGUUUUAUAUCAGAUGUGUGACGGCUGACAGAUUGUGAAAAUCAGUUUUGAUAAUAAUUGAAGAGGGUUGUGAUGUUGGGAAGAGGAUAAGAAAGAAAAAUAGGGUGAGACCUCACACUUUUCAGUAGUGUUGAUUGGUUUAAUGUGUUUGUUACACACUUGGGCAUAGUGGUGUCUCAUGGUGAAGCCCAAUUAAGAAUGAGAAGUCUAUAGGAAGUGUUUUAACAAUUGUACAAGCUGUACAGAGUAUUCCAGAAAUGGAACCAUAUUGAAAAGAAUCACAGACGAGGUGAAUGCAAUUGAUUAAAUGCACAUUUCUGCCACUGAAUGCAAUAUUAUUAUACGGUAUGGUCAUAUUUAAAGCAUCCAAGCAUUUUUCAUGCUGCUGUGCCUCUCAUAUGCAGCCCUUUCCCAAGUAUUGUAUGUGUAAACGAAGCAUUUCACUGUUUGUGAAAUGAAUUAUUUUUUCCUUAAAGCUCUCUGAGAUGUACAUGUUUAAUUUAAAAGAAUAUAGAACCAAAUUGAAAAAACAUGACCUUUUAA